AUACAGGCGAGUUCCUCUACUUUCAUGCUGGUCCUCUCGGCUUUGCACGAUGUGCUCACGCAGGUGCUGUCCUUGCCUGAGCUGCAUACAGCGGUGCUCUUGACGCCGUCUGGGCAAUUGAUAUCUUAUGCGAGUGAUCCUUCGAGCGCGAAAGACCAUGUGCGGGUCGUGGUGGGCCUGAGCGGUGAGGUAUGGCAGGAAACGCAGGGGGUUAGUAUGGUCGAUACCGAGGUUGGGCGUAUACUGGUCAUGCCAGUAGAGAAGACAUCUGAGGCAACCCCGCAACCUCGGACGGAUUCAGAGGCUCCCGAACCAUUAAUGCUCAUCGCAUUGAACGCCGUGAGCUCUGUAGAUUGGCAGGACUUGCAGGAUACGGGUAGGGAACUGGCGAACCACCUGGCAGGCCCCAUCAACAAGUACCGCAGUCGUCUGUUGGCGUCAGCUGUUUCGCCGACUGCAUCUCAACAACCACGUCGAUGAUCCAGCUGAGAGUGUGUUAUACCUGGAUUAUCAACAUCAUGUCGCGGCG